GUUAUUGUCACCCCUUAACCCUCAACGGCCACGUUCGUUACUUUAAUCAAGCAUGGUCUCCCACUCGGACGACCUCUUCAGACUCUCAUUCUUUUCUCUCGUUCCAUGGUAAGCCCAACGCGCAAGCUGGGUUGCCCGACAUUUGCAAUACCCUAGCUCAGACCCCUGUCGCUGCUUGUCACUCGUUCGCGAGAUUCGACCGCCAGCCAACCAUCACGCCAAAAUAUUAGGGAGGUUGGUGAGCCUGCUGUGUGCUGGCAGUUUCCUCCACGGAAAGCAAAAAAGACAUACCGGCGCCGGCUCCCGUCAGAGAAGACAAUACCUCGGUCUUUCUCUUAAGGGAACCUCCCAUCAACACCAUCUUUCGCACUUCCGAUAACAACAACAUAGCCGCCAUGCACAUCACCAAGAAGUUCGACCGCGCCUUUCAGUGGGCCGGUGAGAAGAUGGGUGGCGAGGCCAAGACCACCAUGUCAGAAGAAUUCAAGAUGCUCGAAACCGAGAUGGCACUGCGCUUCGAUGGCAUGGAACGUCUCCAGAGAUCAAUGAACCAGUACGUCAAGUGGAUGGGCCGACACCUCGACGCUUCGGAGGACAAAGAGAAAGCGCUCCCUGUUGGAUACUUGGGCCGUACCAUGGCCAACCACGGCGAGGAGUUCCAAGCAGACUCCGAGUUUGGCAACUGCCUCAUAACGAUGGGUCGCGCCAACGAACGGCUGUCGGCCAUCCAGGAGGCCUUUGUUGCUGAUGCCACUGCCUCUUGGCUGGGAUCCCUCGAGAGGUCCUUGGCCAUGAUGAAGGAGUACCAGGCCGCCCGUAAGAAGCUUGAGAACCGUCGGCUGAACUACGACGCCAGCAUCGGCAAGCUCCAAAAAGCAAAACGUGACGAUUUUCGUCUUGAAGAGGAACUCCGGGCCGCGAAGGUCAAGUAUGAAGAGUCGACCGAAGACGUCCUCCGCCGCAUGCAAGACAUUCAGGAAGCUGAAGUGGACAACACCCGGGAUUUGACCCGUUUCCUGGACGCUGAGCUUGAAUACCACGAGCGGUGUGCGGAGGAGCUCCGUCGCGUCCGCCAAAACUGGCCCGCCACGUCCUCUCCAAGCUACAGCCCUGUCGAACCCCGCGCAGCCUUUCGCAACCGCUCCGGCACCACGAGCAGUUCCACCGAGCGCCUGUCCCGCGCAGCCACUUUCGACGAGUCGAGCGCGCCGCCGGUCCGCAUGCCCAUCCGCCCCGCUCACUCGCGCGUUCAAUCCUCGCCGCAGAAGGUCGACGGGCCCGUCCGGCCGACAAUUGGCAGCAAACCAAACACCAGCGGUGCCAGCUUUCAAGGUGAUUCCAUCAUCAGCCGCGAUCGCGGCGCCAGUAUGAGCAGUAUCGCGACCCCGUCCCCGAUCAACGACGUGACCGCUCUUCGCGGAAAGCUGCGCCCCAUCAGCAGAAUCUUCAGUUCCGGAAACACGACGCGGGACCAGAGCAACAACAACAACAGCAAUAGUAAUAAAAACGGCGUCUUUGCCGAUGGCUACAGCGACGGCGACGACACGGCGAGCGACGCGGGCAGCCCGAACUGGAGCAACCGGAGCACCAGCUCGGCUGCCAGCAGCGUUGGGAGUCUGAGUCGGAGUCCGAGUGAAAUCACGGUGACGGGCGUCAAGAAGGCGCCGCCCCCGCCGCCGCCGAGCAGGGCCAAAAAGCCGUCCCUGCCCGUGCCCGCGAGAGGGGGGGUUGGGUACUGAUCGUGGAAUUCAAGAGGAACGUACUAUUGGGCAUGGUUAACUCGAAUGAUGGACGGUACAUCAUGAAGAAAAAUAUGGCUCGGUUCGACGGCGUUCUGGUGUGUCGGCAUCAUUUUUGGUUUCGCGGACUGGCUCCGCCUGGUUCGGAUGGGAGGGAGGGAGAGAGGCGAUUGUCUUCCAAAUUAAAGAGUACCAGUUAUGAUAUGAAGAUAAAGACAGAUUCGCCUAUGCGGGCUGCAAGGUACAAAUCGUG